GGCAACAUGAACAUAGCUUAACAUAUCCAAACGACGGACGCUUGCAACUGCACCCUUGGAUGUGCAGUUUACGAUCACAUGACCUAUCGCCAUGUCCCUACUUGCAGAAACCGCCAAAUUUCAAGCAGACAAUCGCAGUUGCGAAUAAACACAGUGGACAAAAUGCAAUUCAAUUCAUACACACCGAUUUAUACAAACAACAAAAUCAUUGCUAAACCGCCGGUCAAAGCUUUGAAGGAAUCUUUGGGAUCUGCUCUUGAUUCCUUUUACAAUGAUAUUGCGUGUAUCGAGAAAACAGAAACCGAACGGAUAGCACAGCAAGAUGUUGCCACAGUAACGGAACAAGUGUCUACCCCAAUGGAGAAAGCGAAGUCGGAAAUGGAAUCGGAAACUGCACCCAAUGACACAGCAAUGAAGGAACGAAAGAAGAAGAAGAAAAAAUUAAAUAAAAAGAUAUAUCAAUUAAUCAAACAUUCGACGCUUAAUUCCAAACGAGGAUCAGCAACAGCAAAAAACACAAGGGGAUGUCAAGUAUGGUGGCGAAAUGGCAAAGGGUACAAAAGAAUCUAGAGAACACUGUAUAAAUAAUGUAGAAAGCUAUUUGAAUAAAAAUAAUCAAUUGCUGUACGAAAAAUGAUGUUACAUAGACUGUUAUUAGUACCUGUGUUAUUAGUACCUUUAGAUUUCAUUGUACAUAUAUAUGAACUAUGUUAUGUAUGUUGUUAAAUAUUUCUUCUAUCGUGAACUUAUUUUAAAUUUUUAUCUGUAAUUUGGUAUAUAUUUGUAUAUAUAUUUGUGUAUACACAAGUCUUGUAGCAAUAUUAUUCGUAUUAUUAAACAAUAGUACUCAUUUCUUAUGUAACUCCUGCAUUUUACGAUUCAUUGUAUAUUUUGUGAUAACUUUUAUGCGCACCAGAAGCAAGCUAUGUAUUAUUAUUAUUAUUAUUAUUAUUAUUAUUAUUAUUAUUAUUAUUAUUAUUAUUAUUAUUAUUAUUAUUAUUAUUAUUAUUAUUAUUAUUAUUAUUAUUACUACUACUACUGUUAUUAUAGUUUGCACAUAUUUAUACAAAGUCAAAAAUAUGAUACGAUUGCAUCUUUAUAACUCUGUUUUUCUUUCAAUAUCAAGAGAUACCACUUAUUUAUUGAAUCAACGCAAAUUAUUUUUGCACAUGUGCUAAGCGCAAUACUUGGAUCUUUAUAGAAUGUGAAGAAUGAAAUUCUACUUUAUUGUAAACAAGAGAAAACGAAACAAAAAUAAAGAGUAUGAUAU